UAUCGCAUAUAAAAAGUCGGUUUAUUGUAUAUGCAUUCGCCGUUCUGAGACGCGCUGAGAAUUACUUGUGUGACAAUUGCGUUAUGACAAUUAUGUGCCUGUCAAUAUUGUGGACCACCCUGGUGGUGGCCGGUGUCCAAGCGUAUUCUUCAGAACAAUCUUCGGCAGAAGAGAACGCAAAACCGGUCAUCGAGAAUAAAAACGUAAACAAGAAUGUGAACAUCAUCGUGAACGUGGACCCGCAGGAAGUGGCUCAGGAAUUGUGGAAGAUAAUAGACGCUCGCUUAAACAACAAUACGAAUCACAUUACCAGCUCGCAGAGCAUAAUGAAGGAUCUCGAGGACGCUAUAACACCUCUCGUGUCACCCAGCAGAAGAGGUAUACCCCCGUCCGCGUUCCAAGUGGCAGACCAGCUCGAUAAAAUCACCCGAAGGGCGCUCACCAGAGACGCACCAAGCAUGAAUAUGUUAGACGAAGAAAUCAUGACGAGGGACAUCGUGGCGGACAUGAUGGCCUCCCUGAAGAUAAUUCUGUCGAAAGAUACCCAGGUGAAGACCGACAAGAAAGAUACAUCCGGUAGAAGGAUGAUGCAACGUCCUGUCACGACAACAAUGUCGUACGACGAUGAACUGAAUGAUUACGCGAACAUCAGAAUCAAGAUUCGUAGAAAGGAUAUUCUCGAUGCUAUUUAUUAGCUCGCG